GUAUCGCACAACCUGCCUACUGAAAGUCCUAUUCAGUAGUAUACGUCGCCAUUUUGCUGAAUUUUGUCCAAUUAAACUGAAUAAAUGAAGCAAGAAGAUCGAGGGAAUACAAAAUCCAAUACUCCUAAUCAAGCAUCAUCCCAUGGUCGGAAGCAGAAAGCAUCAAAUAGUAGAUCUAGCCGAAGUCGAAAAUCUAAAGACCGUUCGUCUAAAAGGAAGUCACAUGCAAAAGUUAGGGAAUCUUCCCAACCGGCAGCCACUCCUGUUCUGAGACGUAAGAAAAAUGAACGUCCCAAAACCGUACCUGAAAAGACUCGUAGUAGUGGUCGUUGUACACGUUCUUCAACUUCUGCUGCAGUUGCCAAGUCUACACCAAAACCUAAAGUAUCUAAUGCACCAACAAAAGAAACUUAUUCUUAUUCCGAUAUGUUUCUUGCAGAUGAUGAUGAUGAACACGAUUUGGAUGAGAACGUUGAUGUUGGGGAUGAAGACAGUGAAUAUGCUCCAUCUGAUGAAGAAACUCUUAAUAAAUUGUCAAAAAUAUCAAGAUCUCGUAAGGGAGUUUCUUCACGCACACGCCGAAGUUCAAAGGCCCAGUUAACAGUCAGUAGUGAUGUGGAAGAAGGUGGAUCCACUGACGAAGACGAAGCCGGAGAGUCCGAAUCCGAAGAGGAAGAUGAAGAUGAUGAAGAAUUGGGAGAUUCUAUUUUAAUGGAUCAUUCCGGUGUUAACGGCGGUAUGCCAUUACAAUUAUUCGAAGAUGAAAGUAAUCAUAUACAAAGAGAUAUUUAUGAUUUCGAUGCACAAAGUAUUAUUUCUGAUAAACGUGUUACUUCAUUAAAGAAAAAGAUAUCAACAAAUGCUGCCAAUCGUGGUAUGAAUGUAACUUCAGCUAGUCGGUCAACACGUAGAACUGCUCCUGGGAAAGGAACUAGUUGGGGAUCCAAUAUUUAUAGUGCUCUUGCAGCUGCUCUUAAAACACGUGCAGAUUUAGAUGCUUAUUCAAGUUUCUUGAAAUCAAAUGUUUUAAAUGCUAGUUUUGAUAAAUUUUUAGCGGAAAUCUGUAAACCUAGUAAUCAACAUGCCAAUUUAUUUUAUGGUGCAUCUGCCAGUUUACAAAGUCUUAUGAGUCGUAUUAAUGAUCAUGAUAAAGUAGUUGAACUAUUACAUGCAUUUGUCGCACGUUCAUAUGAUCAAUUACAACACCGUAUUGUUUAUUUAAUUCCUAUAAUUCAUCAGCCAUUGUUUGGUGUUGCUCAUAUGACACCAAUAAGUCAACAUCUUGAAACACUUAGUAAAGAUAUUGAUGAAGAACUAAUUAUUAAACCAGCUUAUAUUCUUAAUCAAGAGACAAAUUUACUGGCAAUUCGUAGUUCUGUUGCAAGCGAUUUUGGUGUAUCAAAUACACAGUAUAAUUUUAUUACCGGUGCUGGUAAUCUUGGAAGAUAUAUGCCAGAUAUUCAUCAAUUAAUUGUUCCAUCUGAUUUGUAUCAAAGAUUAACUGAACUAGUUGCAUUGCCUCCAGAGCGAAUUUAUGAAUUAGCUCUUGCCAGAGUACAUCAACAAGAUGAGGAAGCUGAUAUAGAUAUUAGUCCACUUGAACCUCCGAAUUUACAAAGAAUUGUUUUAGCAAUUAAUAAAGAAGGUCAGUUGAUUGGGAUAGCAAUUUUAGACACAUGGAACAGUACUGAAAUUCCACACAACAGACCAAUAGCUCCUAUCGAUCUGAUUAAUAUAACUCCAUUAUCGGACAGUACUACUUGUCCAGUAGAUCAAAAUGGUGCAGAAGGAACAAAUCGUCAAACUAGAGAGGAACAAGUUCGUGAAGUGUUAGAUAACAUUAUUGAUUGGGUUGUUUUAAAAUCUGAUCCUAAAGAAUAUAGUUCAUCAAAACGUGGAAACAAACAAGAGUCUUCUCCACUUGGACCAGUACGUUUUAUAGAUGCAUUUAUUGUUAAACCAAAUGGACGUCGAGAUACUUUACUAUUAGUUGCUCAUCCUGUUAGUUGUUAUCCAUCUGAAAAUGAUAAUUUCUUUGUUUAUUCUGUUGUUGAUGAAUCCAAGUUUUGUCUAGAAAAACAUGGAUUCAUGCCAGAAUUAUCUAUAGCACUUGAUGGUGUACAUACAGUUGAUCCAGAAGAUAUACUUGAAGAUAAAUCUUUGUUAGUAGUUCCUGAUCUUUUAUUUGAUACUUUAAGAAAAGUUAUGCUACGUGAAUUGGCCAGUUCUAGUAGUACAGCGGCAGCUGCUGCAGCUGUUGUUGCUUCGUCGAGACCAGACACUACAACUCUUCCAUUGACAUCAACUGGUCCUGCAGCUGUAAUUCACUGUACAAAAUUUGUCAUACUCGAUCGUCAAAGGCGUGUUCCACUUGCAAUUGCAUUUGAUUCGCCUGUUCGUCUUACCCUUCAGGUAGCAGAUGAUAAACUUGGUGUACACCCCCAUGGUGAAGCUGCUUCUGUCAAUUUCGAUCAAAUCACUCCUUCAGAAUUAAAGUCAUAUGAGUCAUCAUUUAAACCAACUUCUGCUGAAUAUCGUUUAGUUGCUAUAAACGGUUUGUUGUAUGGUUUACAAAUCGAUGAUCAACGUGUUAUUCGCCGUAUUAUUGAGAUUGUUCCCGCUCGCUGUGAUUCCAUAUAUCCGCAUACAGGAAAUCCAUCACUUUGUGCACAGUCUAUUUCUGCAGCUCACAAGUCUUGUCCGUCUAACGUUCGGAUAGUGAACGAUGAGACUAACAGUUCAACUGUUUUACCAGCAUUUUAUUAUCCUCAUUAUGAACAAACCAAAUUAUGUAGUGUUGUUUCUGGUUUCACUGAUCAUUUGUGCAGUCUGUUUUUCGAAUUGCCUGUCUCAGUUAGUUUAUACGAUGUUGUUUUACGUAUGGCACAAAAAUACAUGCCAGAGAUUUUAGCCAGACAGCAUAUUGAAGCAGCAGAGGCUGCAGCUUAUGCUGAAGCUGCCGCAAAUCCUCAUGCUCCUCCGCCGUCACCAGUUCCUCUUCCUGAACACUGGGGUGUUUGUUGUUUGUGUGCUAAAGAACUGCGUUCACCAAACGGUUUGUUGGAUCAUGAAAUGAGACAUUUAGGUCUCUCUAGGUUCCGAUGUGGAGUUCAUAAUGUUUCGUUCCUUGAUCGGCGAUCAUGGCAAGUUCAUAUGAAUGAACAUCAUGCAUGCCCACGUUCAGGUCCUUUAUCUGUUCUUUUACGCCCGAAUCCAGUUAAUCAAAAUGAUUCUGGAAGUGACCAAGAUGAAGAAGAUGAUGAACUAGUUGAACAAGACACUGCCCCAGGUAGUGGUUUACUCGCUGGACUUGCGAACGUAUUCAACACAAAUCUUUUAGUUGGUCGAAUGGAAGCUCCACAAUGCGAAAAAUGCAGUGAUUAUUUCCCAUCAGCAGAAGUACUUGCACAACAUCUAGACUUUUGUGAUGGUGUUAGUUUCUCUCUUCGUACCCCUUUAUCUCGAAUAGGCGGUGGUGUUUCAAAGACCAUCUUAGCAGAUGAUUCAUACACUAGGUCUGGAGAUGAUACAACUGUGGAAGGUUCUGUUCCAAAUGCUGAUGAAGUGACAUCAGACGCCAAAGAUGAUGCAUGUGUUUGUGGUAUCUGUGGAACUCAAGUCAAUUCACGUGAUAAAAUACUUCGACACUUCACUGUUUAUCACCUUCAAUGCAUUUUGUGUAAUAACAUCCUUCGGUCAAUGGAAGAAUUGUCUGAUCAUUAUCAUACACACAUAAAAACUGAUGCACCAAAUGCCUUGGAAGAAUUUGAGAAUGAGGAAGCUGAAAUAGUGAAAAGUGAUCCAGAUAAAGAAGUAAACUUCAAGGAUGGUACUAAUAAAAAAUCGGCAAAUAAACUAAUGACAUGUGACAUUUGUACAGAGUUUUAUGGAACGAAAUUUAACUAUUAUUUUCAUCAGUGGGCAGAACACGGAGUAGUACAUCCAGGUGACGGAGUGUCGGAAAAUAUGCUUCAUAUGCUCACCCAUACACGACAUCUUCGACCACGUGUCGAUAAAGAAGAUCUUUCUUCUCUCGGUAUUCGUAAAAUGAAAUGUAAACUAUGCGGAUUUGUUGUUCGUUGCAGUGGAAAAGAUUACGUACAACAUCUUAGUGAAAAACAUAAUAUCAAUACGACUCUUGAGGAUAUUUGUCGUAUUUGCGCUGAUGUUUUCGAAUCUCCAGAGGAUCUUUCCGCUCAUCUUGGUGAAGUACAUUUUCCCACCGGGGAAUUUGCCAAUGCAGGUGUUCAGACAAUAUUCCGUUGUACACAUUGUGAAUUUUGGGGUUUCAAUAAAGGUCUGUUAAGACAUUCUCGUGAAGUACAUGAUGAUCCCUCCCCGCCUAUAUAUGAAUGUAUCCAUUGUUACGAGAGAUUCAAUGAUAAAAGAGUAUGGCGUGCUCAUAUGGAUAAACAUAAUGAAGGUUAUUCACACAGAUGCAUGGAAUGUGGACGGGCAUUUCGGCUAAGACCUUCUCUACUUCAUCAUAUGCGUUGUCAUCAUGGAGAUGAUCAAGGACCAGCAACUUGCGAAUACUGUGGCUUAAUUUAUCCUAAGCGAUCGUCGUUAAGAUAUCAUAUCUUCCGUAUGCAUAAUCAGGAACUAGCUCAUGAAUGUUUCAUGUGUCAACGACGUUUUCGUCUAGAAACAGAACUUCGACGUCAUGUAAAAGAAAUGCACAGUGGAGCUGUUAAAUGUGAAAUAUGUCAUAAAGUAUGCGCUAACUUAAGAUGUUAUGCUCAACAUAGACAAAAACAUUUUCGUACUCGUAUUUAUCAAUGUACUGAUUGUCAAACAACAUUCAAGAGUAAAUUGGCUAUGAAACGUCAUAUUCGAGUAGAACACUUACAAUUAGGUCCUGAAAAAUUCGAAUGUCAAAUAUGUGGAAAGAUUGUUACACAAAUUGGUAUGCAUAUGUUAAUACAUAAAGAAGCACGUUUUGAAUGUGAAUACUGUAAUAAACGAUUUACUAAAGCUGCCUAUUACAAUGAACAUUUAAGGAUACAUCGUGGUGAACAACCAUUUGAAUGUCAUAUAUGCAGAAAACGAUUCAAUAAAAAAUCAAAUCUUAAUGUUCAUUUGAAAUUUCAUGAAAAACAUCGUGAUGAAGAAGGAAAUUAUCUUGAAUUGAAACCACGUGGACGUAUUAGUACAAUGUUUGGUGAUGCAUUAAUGAGUCCAAGUGAUAGAGCAGCACGACAAGCUGCUGCUGCUAGAUCAAUGAACUCAAUGAUUUAUGUACCAAAAGUUGAUGUAGCUGUUGGAAGUGAUUUUCCUGGUGCUUUUAAUUGUACUGGACCAGCUGGUGCAGCAGCUGAAGCUGCUUCACGUGUAGUUGAACUAUAUGGUCUUGAUAAUAAUAAUAUUAAUAAUAAUGAUCAUCAUCAUAAUAAUAACAACAUUGUCAAUAUGAAUCAUACAAAUUCUAAUAAUUUUAUUCUAGAAUCCGUUAAUUUAAAUGAUGAUUUAUGUAGUAUUGAACCUUCAGCUAAAAAACAACGUUUAACAUAAUGUAUGUAAAUGAAUGACAAAAUAUCAUUUGUAAUUGGUAAGUUAACAAACCAAUUUAUUUAAAAUUCUAAUCCUAUUGUUUGUUAGAUAGAUAGAUACAUAGAUAUGGCCUUGCUGAGUGUACAUUCAAUGUUCUGUUAACAUUCGCUACAUUGAUGAAUGUGUUUUAAACUUAAGUUAUCUCUUCGUCUAUUAAUUUCACUAUCAAUUAUAAUGGGAAUAGUUUAAAUGAUUAAAAAUAAUACUAAAGUAGAGGAAUGUUUAUUUGGUGCUGUCCAUUAAAAAAACCAGAUUAAUUAAUAAUUCCCUCCCCCUGUACACUUUGAACUAUCAAGUUAAUGAUUUUGUAAAUUGGUAUUGUUGUAUGGACCGUUAAUCUCCAAGUUUUUCAUAAUCAAUGUACAACCUAAUCGUCAUCUAGUUCAUUUCUUUGUACACAACAUCCUCAAUCCUUUGACAUUAUUUUGUAAGCAGUUAUGUUUGCAGAAAAGAGGCAGUCAAAUCCCUUGUUUAGUACUUCUAAUACUUUUCCAUAGAUGCUUUUAUUGAACAACUUCUCAGGUGAUCAUUGACACAAUAAAUUCAUGGUUUUAAGCACUUGAUCUUUAGUGAUUAAAUUUCUUUUACAGAACUAUUGUCCCAACAAAUUUACCAUCACAUUAAUAGUAUAACUCAGUCAAAUAUACCCGAACUUAUAUCUGGCUACCACGUUGAACUGAAUUAAUGUUGAAAUGGUUCGUUCAUGUCUAUAUAUUUAAAACAUUUCAUAUUUCAGAUAGAAUUAUUGUUUCUCAAAUCAAACUGAAGCUUUUAGUUAAACUUUAUGAAAUGAACAAUGUCUAGUAGUAUCGCUACCUAACUACUCCCUUAAAGUAUUGGUAUAAAAGAUAGAUAUAUAAAACGUCUUGCUCUAACUUCAAUAAUCUUUCAUUUGAACUUUUUGUAAAUAUUAUUUACUUGUAUGAAUUGUUAAAUUUCAAUAAACAAUUACAAUUGUGUUUCGGUUGGGCUUACAAUAAUUGAUCAUUUCAAUGCUCAUGAACUCGAUAAUGCAACAACUGACACACACAAAACUCUUCAACGAUAGAGGUGGAAGGACUCUGUUUAUUUAGUAAUCAUGUGUCGUGACCUUGGGGCAAAAAAAUAAGCUACCAGUAAUAAUUAAUCAUAAAAUAACAAAGGUUAUGUAUAGGUAUGAAUUAGAAAAAAAUAUGUUUAUGCUUAUCGCUAGAGGAAAUCAUGGGUCAGUCUAAGCUAGAGCACCAUUAAAACCUGGAUACACUGCAUUGCCAUUUUUUCCUAGUAUGGGACUCAGCAGUGUGCAUGCAUGAUCCCAUAUGUGGGGCUCCAGCCCAGGAUUUUUGGGUUCGCGCGCGAUUGCUUAGUCUUUAGACCACUGAGCCGGGAUCCAAUGAUGUUAUUAUUUAACUUCAAUUUGUUCAUGAUCUUGCGCAGCCCUUCAUCCUUUGUCUGAGGUGGAUAUCUGUCUCACACUCGAUACGGAUUGGACUACACUAGUCACAGCUUCUCACUAGAACUCUAGGAGUUACAUCCUAAGGCUAGUCACUAGAGAAUACCCGAUUGUUAUCAGUAUAGGGGAUUCUGGAGAUUGUAUUAUUUUUACAUUUGGAAUCACGAUAGAUCUUCAUUGCUGGCAUUGGAUCAAGGGUUGUUCAAAUUCAUAUAUUUAAAUAUCAUCACUAUGGUCUAGAGGUUAAGUGUUCGUACGCAAGUACGAAGGUCCUGGGUUCAAGCCAUACGUAUUGUAUCAUGCAUACACACUGCUGAGGAGCCCGUACUCGAACAAAACGGCUAUUCAACGCUUCUAGGUUUUUAGUAGUGCUCUAACUUGUAUUGACUCGUAAUUCCAACUGUGGAAAUACUACUAUCGACACAAAUCCCCCAUACUGGGACGAUAAGAACUGUAGUUUAGACAUGAAAGUAAUUAAUCUGAGAUCUCUUUGACAUGAAUGUAAAUAUACAAGUACUGCAAAAUAUGGCUAUAGAUUUUUAAAAAAAUAUCUUUUGUCUGUGUGCCACUCUUACAAUGGAUUUUGUGUUAGAUGAUUGACAUUCGAGGUCGUACUCAACUUACAAGAUGGUGUGAAAUUGUGGAGUGUUAGGUUUACUUAGAUUUAUUUAAGUUCACACCUUUAGUUAUAUUUUCAACAAAAAAAUAAACAAAUCCAUUAUUUUGUUGUCUCUGCGUAACCAAUUUACGCUUUAUAGGGGCAAACAGUUAUUGAGUCAACCUGUUGAGUAAUUCGUCUAAUAUUUUUCCCGUAAGACCAGUGAUUUAGCUUAUCAGUAACACUGUGACUAACUAGUAGACAGAGACGGAAACCUUAAUGACUUUUGAUCCUUGAGCUCCUUCCAACCCUGUAAAUAAUCAGAUGGCAAAGUUAGGAAGCAGAUUACUUCUCUAUUGUUCAGGUAUCUGUGUGAUUCAAAAUGUAUAUAAUGAUGUAUAGUAGAUUUCUGAUCACAUAGAAACAUGUAUAGUAGUUCACCAUGUGCAUACAUAACCACGACAUAUGUGGUAUUGAAAUAAUGGAUCUUUAAAUAAUGUAAAAUAACUUAAGGAAGAUAAAAACAUAUUACCAUUAAUUGUGAACCACACUAGAGUAUACAAUAAAAAUGAGAGAGAGGUACCUGAAAAGGAAAUUGGGUUAAAAGUGGUCUUAAUGACCUGAGAGCGUGACCGCAGUGUCCAAGGGACAACUUCUUGAGGUCGAUCACACACGACCUUUUUAGGGGUGAUUUUUGUGUUAGCUCCGUAAUUGUUGAGACCUUACCGCCUGAGACGGAUAUCCGUGGGAUAAGGUGAGGUGUGCAUUUUUAGGGUCGUCCUUUUCUAACCCCACCUCUCCUUGUCGGAAGGCAGCAUCUUUGUUAUGCUGGUUGUCUGAAGGAAACACCUUACUGCUGUCACACUUCUGUACAGUCAGCAGUACGACUUCGCCUUCGGACCUUGGGUUUACUGCUUUUAGUCUUACCGCUCUUCAACCAACCUGCCUGGCAUGGUAGGAUACAAUACAAUGAAUAUAGAACUACUAUACUUCUUUAUAAGGUUGCUCAAAAAUUAAUCGCUCUCUGUUGUAACAAUGUUUAUGUUAUUAAAUAUUACUCUAAUUGUAUACUAUAAAUUAUGCUCUUUUUAAACUUUUCAGUGUCCGCCCCCCCCCUCAACUUUUGUAUCGAUCAGGACAACCAACAAUUUGUGCUUUUCUUUUAAAAUUCCAUAUAAUAAACAAGAUGAUUUCUCUCGCCCUCUCUCUUUUUUCUCUCUGUAUUUCUUUCCCCUCCUUUUUUCAUAAAUUUUUUUAUUAGUCACAAUACUUUCCAUAAUUUUUGUGUAUGGAGCAUUUCACAGUGUAUAUUCAUUGAAAAAUUUGUUCUUUCUUUUCUUGAUAAUUAUCAUUGCUUGAUGAUGAUGAAGAUGACGAUGAUUUAUUCAUAUAUAGAUACAUUACUGAAUGAUAUCUCAUAUUCUAUAUGUAUUCUAUUUAGUCAUGCCUAUUAUGAUUGUAUAACCAUACGAUUUGUACAGGACUUUUCUUUUUCUCCCAUUGAUGAUGUGCCAGUAAAGUAUAUUAAACAAAAAAAACCGUUCAUGUCUUGCUACUUCUCUUUUUUUAUUAUUAUUACAGAAAUUGUAUAUGCACAUAUCUAUUUGUCCACUAUGAAAGUAUAGUAUGUUCACCUUUAGUUUAAUGGUGAUGAUUUCAUACACCAUUCAAACAAUUUUUUUGUUAUUUUUAUAUAUCUAUUCAUUACUGAAUUUUUUGUAGAAUAUUCAUAAUGUGACAUACACACACAUGUUGACAAUGACGACGAAUACGACUACUGUAAUUUGAUAAAAACGAUCUAAGUGUACAAUACUUUUAAUCUGCACAUUUCUAAUUUGAUGUACCAUUAAAAUUGGAUUAUUUUAGUCAGAAUAUACAUGUAUACUUUUUUUUUCU